GCUUUCACACUUUGGUUUUAUUUGUGGUAUGCUUUUGUUGUGUUUUUGGUUUCUGUAUUUCCAUUCUGUGUUCUGUGCUGGGAGGGUGCAGCGGGACGACUGUUGAGCCUCUCUCUACUUUGCACCUGUUGUCGGAUCAUGUGUGUCGUCUCUCGGCUUGGCUCUCCGUAUGGUCUGCGUCAGGCGCACGUUCGAUUGCGACAUGUGGCAUAUGGAUCAUCCAUCACCCUGGAUGGAUUCAGAGAGUCAAACGUGUCUACUCGGCCGACUGGUUGCUGGGUGCAUGGAUGCUUCGGACGAAUACACGAGGGUCUGAAUCACACACGUCUUGUCACUCUCGAUUUAUCGAGGUCCGCCGAAAUGAUUCAAUGCCAAUGAAUCAAUUGUGCCAUUUUCGCCAUUCAUUGUGAUAUUCGGAUUUAUAGCUUGGUUACUUGGGCUAUAAAGCCCCUUUUCCUCUUCGUCUGCAUACCAGAUGUUGUGUCCGCCUGAAGCGAGCCACUCGAAUACUGAUGAAGUUAUACGUUAUGUCUCCAGGUAUUGACCCUGUUCAAUCCGCGCGCGACAGAAAAGUGCUAGAAAAACAUGAAGGGAGUCCGAAGUUCUAUUCCACUGGCCGAGGGGGCGCAGGAAACAUAAGGACGCCAGAACACUCGAAGUCGCGUUCGCGCUCUCGUGGCGCUGAAGCACGCAUUGCUGAGAUUGUAGCGGGAGCGGAGAGGUCUGUUUCGCGUGGCCGUGCUAAACAUUCAACUGGCCGAGGAGGCGCAGGUAACAUCACAGGCGAAACUCUCCACGAAGAAGGUCCCGAACUAGACGCAUACGAACGACGCGCAUACUCUCCAACCUACAUCAGCAGCAGCAAUCCAAUUCACUCUACAGGCAGGGGUGGGCUCGCGAACGUCACAGCGCUCGCGUCCCCACCUAUCGAGUACGCGGAUGGAGGUGUGUGGGACGGCACACAGGGGAAUAUGAUGGUUAGUACGGGAAGAGGAGGGGUGGGGAAUAUCAGGGAGAGGACGAGGAGUGCGAGUAGGGGUGGAGGGCCGAGGAGCGUUGAGAGGACAACCUCUAGAGGAGGUGUGGAGGGGGAACACUCACAGCAGGGUGUGAUUGGGAAGAUUAUGGAUCGUGUGAAGGGACGAGGGGGAGGACAUCCUCAACCGGGAGGAGGGGGAGGGAAGGGAGAGGAAUUGUUGGAUGAUGUGGAGAGUUUGGCGAGGAGUGCGAAGUGAGUGAGGUGACAUUGCGUGAUUGUUCGUUGUUAGUGCUCGGAUGUCGUGCAUGUGCGUUUUGUGAUGUACACUCCUGCACGCCACGACCGUGAAUACGAUCACUGGCAUGACGUGCGCUCCUCUUCGUUAGUCGUCAUCAUCCGUGCCAUCUCAUUCGUUCGUCGGACGACGCAAUACUUUGCGUGUGUACCAAGUGCAAUGUGUAAAUGUGUACAAUUUUAUAAUUCCCAUCACCAUCAUCGCCACCAUUGCCAUCAUUAUCAUCUGUGUUCCCCACCAUUCCCUUCUUUUCCUUUCCUCUUGCCUAUCUUAUUCAUGAUUCCUUUCCCCCCCUUCCAAUCGUGUACGAUCAUCAUAUUAUCUGGACACGAAAUAAAGUACUCUAUGUAGUUCACGAGUUUUCCCUUUCCUUCCCUCUCCUGUUUCAUAUUAGUUCGUUAGUUGUACUCGUCAUGUCUAUACGAUUUCAUCUCUUAUUUCAUAGGCCUCUUUCUGUCUUUGUGUGUUUG